AUGGCUCCCAAGCUACACAACUCUCAAAAGGCUCGUCCUAAUGUCCUCCCUGUCCUCCCUGAUCCCUCCCGUUUGUUCAGAGCACGAGGUGGUAAAAAGGCCGAGUCGACCUCUGAACAGACUGACGGCGCUGGCGAGACUAGAGACACCCCGAGUUCAGUGGGCGAGACAGCAAUAAACGAGCUCUCUUCAGAAGUUGGCACCGAGAAAGAUAUUUCCAGCAAUCCCGACUCCGUUGAAGAAAAAGCUGUAUCUGCCUCUACUGCCUCCCAAGCCAGCACUCCAUCUGUCUCUACCCCCGCCACCCAGGAACUUGCCGCAGGAGUGCCAAACUAUCCCCUCGAUCAUGACAAAGAGGUGGUUAUUGAGCAAGCCGAACUAGAAGCCAGUCAAGAAGUCCAUAACCAACCAUCUCCAGAAGGAACAGUGACUUCUGCAGCGGAAACAUCCGUGGAUACAGCUCAGAUGGCCCCCGUUAAAGUACCCGAGCCCGAACCUGAUAUGGAGAAUCGUCUGGAAUCUCCUUACGAUCAUAUCGACCGCUCAAGAUCCACCAGUGCUAUCGUUGAAGAUGAGCCGCAACCAUUGGCACCAUCCUCCGCUACUUCUGUGGCUGCUGAAACUGAGGAUAAAGCUUCGAUUCAAGUGCCAAGUGCCAUGCCGCAAGUUAGCCAACCUACCAAUCAAGCAUUGGUAACCUCUGAUCAGAGUGAAUACAACGGAUUUCAUCGUUAUGGUGGCGCGGUAAUGCACAAUCAAGGAAUGACAAUCCCGACAUCUUCGCCGAGAAUCAACACUUUGCCAUCGCUCAAUGAGUAUUUCCUCCAUGUUGCAGCAUCCAAGGAGAAUGCCGAUUGGAUCAUUCAAGUUCAUAUUCCUGGCAACAAGGCCCAGUCUUUCCCAACAUACGCGCACUCAAUCCUUUUGCUUCGUAGCCAUCGCUUGCGACGCUUGGUAAUACGUCAGUCGUCAUACGGAUCCAACAUCAUUGAUCUCUACCCUCCGAGACAUGUUUCUUCGCAUGCCUUCGAAUCUGCACUACGAUUCCUGUACUCAGAUGCUAUCAUCGCUAAAGAUUUCUUUCUGCAGCAACCCCCUGCUGUUGAUCCUCAGGCAACUAGGUUGAACAACCUGGAGUAUAUUUUGUCGUAUUGGAUUGCAGGAGUCGAACUGGGUCUCGACACAAUCACUGAGCGUGCCGAAGGUUUAUUAUCGGACUACCUUGAUUGGGAUCUCCUUGAGCCAGCCUAUAAAGCCGCAGAUGAGAUUACCAAGUCGGAGAUUUCGUCCAAUAGCAAGCACAUGACUGGAACCGACUAUUUUGUUCUGAGCAGCUCUAUUAUUCGGGCAGUCCUUCAUUUCCUCGUGGGACGUCUGGAUGUGGCUAGAUUCAAAAUUGAUAAAAAUGCCACCUCAACCUUGCUCUCUUCUCGACUCCCCCCAGUCGAUGAUCACCGUCCACGAACUAAUCCGGCAUUGUCUUCUAUGGUUUUUGGAUCUAUGCCCUCUUCUGCUGGCGUCUCACCUUCGUCCCCUCAAUCAGGCUUCUCUACCACUCGCUUCACACCCCGAGAGACUCUUGCGACUAAUAUCAUCCUCAGUCUGGAUUUCGAGAAUCUUCACCGUUUCAACACCUUUUUGCAGCGACAAGGUCCAGAACAUGCCAACAGAGUCAUGACGGAGGUUGUUAAAGAGCGUGAGGCACGUCGUGAGAGGGUUCUGAAUGCCCAACACGCUUCCAACGCCGAGAGAAUGGCUACCUCUGCCAAAUGGGAUGUUGUUGGACACCAAGAGAUUUUCGAAAACGGCAGACUUUCCGAGAAGCGUGUCGGUUUCCUCCUGCCUUCCUCCAAAUAA